AUGGCCAGCGAAGGCUCUCACGUACAGAGCGCUCCCCAAACUACAGCACCUGUUGCGCCAGCGCCUCCUGUGGUCAGCGAGCAGCCACAGCCAAUUCACAAUGUGUUGAACACGACUCAGACAGACAGCGAACCUAACUUGUUCGAGACAAAGGUUGGGGCAGGCACCGAAAACCCAGAAGCCCCCGAGCUGGAGGAGCAAGCCAAGCCCCCAGAGGCUCCGGCUACAACUCACCCGCCAGGCACCUCGGUUGCAGCUUCUGAGCUUGAAGCCCCGGUAGCAGCUCAGAAAGCUCCAGAGCCACCGAAAGAGGAACCAAACCCUGUCACCGAAGCGCCCGAGCCAGUUACGGAAACAUCCAAGCCUGUGGCCGAGGCUCCUAAGCCAGUCACGCAGGCGCCAGAGACCGGCAAGAAGCGUGACCUUGACUCCAGGGCUAGCUCGUCUCCAGUUCUCGGAACGCCCCCCGUAGCCAAGCCUAUCGCUGAGGAAGCCGACGAGCCCGAGGUCAAGAAGCAGAAGACGGACCAGGCACCUAUCAAGGACACCAAUGGUACGACCCCUACUACAUCUGCUGCUCCUAUUGCAACCACCUCCUCUGUCGCUCCUACAGCCGAAGCCAAUGAGAAACCUAAAAAGGCCAGCCGUUCCAAGAAAGAGAAGAUCAAGGAUGCUGUGAAGAAGGUCAUCUCGACCGAUGGAAUUGGCAGCCGCACUCGUAGCCGGACCAAAAAUGCCUAG